CUCGGUUGCCAGUGAAUAUCUGGACCUUGCUGCUGAGAUUCUGUUGACAUCUGGACUUAUAAAGUUGUCUGGCUUACCCCCUUAUGUGUGUGUGUGUUUGGACCAGAGAUUGUAAUUGGAUGGAAACAAUUUUAAGGGGAGAGGAAAAUAUUUGGGAAUAUUUUAAAUGUUGUUCAAGAUUUUGGAAUCUACAAGCAGAUGUUGAUACAAACCACACAAGAUGAAUGUUCUCCUUCGUAUCAACCUUCGUUUCUACCUUGUCAUGUUAUGUGGGGCAUAUUUCGCCAUGCUCUACAUUUUCCACGGCAACCUUCAAACAGUGACGUCUGCCUCUUGUGACAAUGAGGGAAAUUGCUUUGGAAAAUCCACGAAAUCUAAUAAACACUCUGCCGCAAAUGUGUCAAAAAUUGUCCCGCAAAGUUAUUGGAAUGUCGAACCGAAACGACAAGUGGAUUUGACAACCACGGUUUUCCACUCUAGAAAUGUAAAUGUCCUUGGUAGGGAGAGGCAGUCAAGUAGAGAUAAGAUUGGAAGUGAUAGAUCGGGAAUGAUAUUCGACCUUCUUGGUGCAAGUAGACAACAUAUUGAUCAGCUAUCAGAAACAUUUAUUGGAGACAAUAAAGGAAAUAAUGCAGAGGCUUACAAUUUGUCUUGUUUUAUGUCGUCUCAGUUUCCAGAAAGAAGGUUUUUGGCCCUUGAGCCGAGAAGUUUCGUGUAUUCAGCCUAUUACGACGAGAGAUAUACGGACAAGUUCGUACGGAUCAUGGCGCUAAUGGCUGUAAAUAGUAGCAGCAGACAUCUUAAAGUGUUCUGCCACUUUCAAGGCAAAAAUGCAUCAGACAUUAUAAAACAAGAAGCCAUUUUUUAUGAAAUGUGUGAAAACCAUGGAAAGCAAUUUGGCGGCUUUAUCCUGUCCUGUAAAGUUCCAAACCAUGUGAUUAAUGUCUGUACAUUGGCAGUUUCCAUGGAAAUUGUUGCCAUUAAUGGCAAAUACAUUCCACCCUUGACCAACAUUCAACAGUUAAAUGUUUACCUAUUGACAUUUUCUUGGAACUAUGGAAGUAUACAUAGGGGCGUCCAUUUUGGAUUAAAUUCGCAGAAGUUGGUGCCUGAUCAAACUGAAUUUAAUUUACAGUCACUAAAUGAGAAUUCUGAAAUUCUUACUUCAAGUGCUAUUCCUUCUAAAGACAUUCAUACCAAUAAGAUUGCUACAAAAGGUUCAACUUAUUUUCAGUACAGCAUAUGCAUUCCACCAUUGUUUGGAAAUAUUGACACAGUGAAACUUCUAGAAUUUAUUGAAUUGAAUAUUCUGCUGGGAUUCCAGCAUUUUAUUUUCUACGUCAGUGAUUUAGACUCUGCUGAAGUUUACAAGUUGCUAAAUUUUUAUGUUAAACAGAAUAUAGUCACUAUAGUAGAUUUUAAAUUACCACCCAUAAUUCAGAAGUCCAUGAUAUGGUAUAAUGGGCAGCUGAACGCCCAUAAUGACUGCCUUUAUCGCGCCAUGUCCAUAUCAAGAUUUGUCGCUAUUAUCGACAUAGAUGAAUACAUCGUUCCGCACAAUGGUGAGUUCAGAGUCACAGAAACUUUAAAGGAGUUAUUUGCAGACAAAACUGUAUGCGGUUUAAGUUUUCAAAGUGCAUUCUACGACCCAAAAUUUACGGCCAGCAUCACAGACGAUAACAUUGAGAUGGGUCUUACCACGCAGACUUCCACUCAUAGGUCAACUGUGUUCAGUAAAGUUCGAACGAAAGUUUUUGUUGAAUCUCAAAAAGUCUUUGAGGUUGGGAUUCAUCACGUCAGUAAGCCUGCCAAUGAGGAGUAUCGGGUUUUGAAGGUCAACACUUCAAUCUCGUUCCUUCACCACUACCGAUCCUGUGUACCGAAUUAUGGGAUGAAAUGUGGGAGUUCUGUGAAAGACGAUAGCAUGGAUAAAUAUUUGUCGCAUUUGAAAAAGGCUGUCACAAGUGCAUACGAGAAGAUUUUUUCUGAAGUUUUAAAAUUAUGAUUUUGUUGUUGUAUUAAAAUUUGCUCAUAAUGAUUGCUUAUUAAUGUUGAAUGACUGUUAAAUGCUUUGAAUCAGCUUGGGAGGUCAUAAAUGUUUGAACAUAUGGCAUGAUCCAAAUUUUUAACCAAAUCUAUGUAGAUGUGUUCGUUAAAACAUGUGCAAUACUUUAGGAAAUAAUUAUUUUUCGUUUUAGAAUAUAAAGUAUCAUGAUAUAGUUUCAACUGCUUUGUAUAAGAUUUAUGAGAAUGCUAGGUAAGUGUUUAGAUAAGUUUAUAAAGCAGGGCAUAUAGAAAACCCAAACCAUGAACUUGGCAAGUGUUUUAAAGGAUUUUGUGUCCAGAAAAUAAACUUUUCUGUUAUCAAUUCUUUUCUGAUAUCCAAUGUUUAAAAUUGUUAUUGCCUUUUUAUACCCCCACAAACAAAGUUUAGGGGGGUAUAUAGGAGUGAAUUUGUCUGUCUGUCUGUCGAUCGGUCGGUCCGUAUUGAGUGUCCGCUCUCUAAUUCAAGUUGUUUUGAUCCGAUCUUCACCAAACCUGGUCUAUAUGAUGUCUAGGUCAAGUUUGAAUAUGGGUCAUGCCGGGUCAAAAACUAGGUCAAGAGGUCACUUAGUGUGUUAUAAACAUUCAGCAUGUUGUCCGCUCUCUAAUUCAAGUAGUUUUCAUCCAAUCUUCACCAAAAUUGGUCAGAAGUUUUAUCUAGAUGAUCUCUAGGCCAAGUUAGAACAUGGACCAUGCUGGGCCAAAAACUAGGUCACGGGGUCACUUAGUGCGUUUUUUAACAUUCAGCAUGGUGUGCUCUCUAAUUGAAGUAGUUUACUUCCGAUCUUCACCAAACUUGGUUAGAGGUUUUAUAUAUAAUCUAUUGGCCAUGUUGGAACAUGGACCAUGCCGGGCCAAAAACUAGGUCACAGGGUCACUUAUUGCGUUUUACACAUUCAGUAUGGUGGCCGCUAUCUAUUUCAAGUACUUAUCAUCUGCUCUUCACCAACUUGGUCAGAAGUUUUAUCUUGAUGAUCUUUAGGCCAUGUUUGAAUAUGGGUCAUGCCGGGUCAAAAACUAGGUCAUGGGGUCACUUAGUGCGUUUACACAUUCAGCAUGGUGUUCCCUAUUUCAAGUACUUCAUCCGCUUUUCAUGUGGGGGUAUUUGUCACGUCUGUGACAAAGCUCUAGUUCUAUCUAAUUUUUUAAAGUGAGUAGAGAAAAAGACAUUUAAAAGAAAACAAAUGACAUCAUGUUAAUAAUAUAAUGUACAUACAGUCUACUCUCGUUAUCGCGACAUUGAUUUUUUCGAUAUUUCGAAGUUAACUCAAUGCCCUAACUUUUUUUCUUCUUUAUCUAUAUUUACAUCGCAUAUCUCGAUUUUCGUUAUGUCAAAUAAUUUGAUAUCUCGAUAUAAAAAUUUGUCCCGAGUCCCGAUUUUACAUGUAUUUACUGUGGUUUAUCUCGAAGUGCGAAUAACUGUCCCAGUGAUGGUAAAGGUGAAAUUGUUGUCUUUGAUACUUCACCGUCCCGCUUUGCCCGGCUGCUCCCGAUACUGUGCGGUAGAUAAUUGAUCCAUGAAUUGCAUCAAUGACCACACGUGUUAUGUCGUUAGCCAUUAACACUUGAGUAAGGCAAGUCACUUUAACUGUCACUUUAACUGCAAUUAAUACACAGCCUGCCGAAAGCCCAAAAGACUAAUUUUUUUUACAAACAAUACUCCAAAAUGCAUUGAGUUAUAUUUUUGAGUAAUAAACCGUCGCAAAUUUGAAGAAUGUUGUUCUAUCCUUGAACUCCAACAGUCAUUAGUAUAGCUAACUUGAAAUAUAAUUAUGAGAUGUCGGUCAAGCAAUCCAGAGAAGGACCCGGUAUCCAACCCGGGGGGAUAUCUGGAUCGGCAAAGCAGAAGCUUGAAAUUCAGUCGUUCAAGGAAAAGUACGCGGCCAUCAUAGAAGUCGAGAAAGGCCUCAAAACCAAGAAGAAGAAAGCAGAAGAGUUUGGCAUCCCGCAAAAUACGCUCUCAAUGUGGAUCAAAAAAAGGACGAGAUUAAAGCGAAAUUCCUGACUGGCGAUCUCGAGCUUGCAAUUUAAACAUUUACUGAUAUAAAAGCAUUUCAAACUUCAAAAUGUACAUAUACAGUUCAGUAUUCCGGAACGUGAUUCACACAUGUUCGGAUGGAAAACCCUCGUCUUGAUUGAACGUCAAUUGCAUCAUAACUUUAAAUAGUAACAUUACCAGAUGUUUACUCGACAGUUUAGAAAAACGAUAACCGCAUGUGUUCAUGCAAUUUUGUAACACUUAAAACGUCAUUUUAAGCAUUUAAAUAGCAAAUUUAAUCGCGUCUCAUAAAAACGCGUAUAUAUCAGGUAAUAGAUAGAGUAGUAUAGAGUAUUAUGUGACACGGUGGCGGCUUAAGUUAGACAACUUAGCAGGCAUAUAGAUGUUAAAAAUAAGUUAAAUUUUCGUCUCAUUUUUUCUUUGAAAACGCCUUAUCGGAUAUCUCGAACUCUCGUUGUCUCAAUAUUUUUUCUUGUUCCAGCCGACUUUGAGAUAACAAGAGUAGACUGUAACUAUAAAGUCAUGUUGUACUGCACAUGUUUGAUGUUUUCUACGAGUUGAAAAUACAGCUUAGUGUUAUUUCGUCAAAGAAGUGGUAAUGAUGAGAUGGAAAUUAUAUGUGUCGUGUUCUGAGAAAACUGGGCAUAAUUCAUGUGCAUUAAGUGUCUUCCCAGAUUAGCAUGUACAGUCCGCACAGGCUAAUCAGGGACGACACUUUCCGCUUAAACUGGAUUUUUGCUAAGAAGAGACAUCAUUUAUACUAAAAAUUCCAUAAAAGUGGAAAUUGUCGUCCUGGCACAGGCUAAUAUAGGAUGACAAUUUACGCACAAGCAUUAUGCCCAGUUUUCUCAGAACGCGACACAUAUAUAGUCAGUCUCAAUCCUUAUUUUGAAAAAGAUGUACUUUAAAUUGUAGACAUUUUUCUUAACACUUUCACAGAAUAUGACACCACUAUAAGUAAUGAAGUCGAGAUGGUCCUAGAUCCUCAGUGAAAAACUUGUCCUUAUAUUUUGUUCUCUCCUAUUCUGUUCUUUCUCUUGAUGCCUGCUCUUUCUAACAUAACAUUCCAUAGUCCUGUGAAGUAAGAUCUGUUAAAUUGUUUUAUUUCAUUGGUGCUAUUGUUUGGCAACCGUUAUAUUCAUUCCAAGGUUUUAAUGGUUUGAAAUCAAUGUGUAUUUAGUGUACAUCUUCAUGUGGGAAGCAUAGAGUGAUUGUUCUGGCCAUCUUUCCAGCAGUAAUUGUAUCCGUAUGAGGUCCACUAGAUUGUGCUGUUUUGUUAAGCUGCUAAAUACAUACCCCAAAUUAAUGCUGGUUGUGCUUAUGUUUUGUUGCCCAUUUCUUACUCCACCCAAAUCUAUAUAUUACUUCGACCUUGACCUUCUUUGUCUCGAUGAUAUCUCUUGACCUUAGUUUUAAAUUGGUCUUGUUGGGGUAAAAUACCUGGGAGCUAGUUCACUACCAUGUGAACAUGAUUGCCUCAUUCCAAGAACAAAAGUUAAGGUGAGCAACCUUGGACACUUAGGGUACUCUUGUUGUUCUCUUUUUUAAUUAGGGAUGGAAACAAAUACUGAAAAUCAUAUUUGAGUAUUCGUUCUUCAUUAUUCAAAUAUAUGCAAAUAUUAGUUUUUAUGCCCCCAAAUCGAAAGAUCGGGGGUAUAUUGUUUUUGGCCUGUCUGUCUGUAUGUCUGUGUAUCUGUGUGUCUGUCUCUAAACUUUAACCUUGGUCAUAACUUUUGCAAAAUUGAAGAUAGCAACUUAAUAUUUUGCGAGAAUGUGUAUCUCAUGGAGCUGCAAAUUUUGAGUGGUGAAAGGUCAAGGUCAUCCUUCAAGGUCAAAGGUCAAAUAUAUGGCUUCAAAGCGGCGCAAAAGGGGGCAUUGUGUUUCUGAUAAACACUCCCUUGUUUAACAUUAUGUCUCGGACCUUACGAACAUCCAAAAUAAACUACUGUUCUUAUUUGGCAAAAACACGACUACACUGCAACGCCGAUAUAUCGCGGACCGUUAUAUCGCGCUGUCCAAUAUAUCGCGCUUUGGCUAUGGCUCCCAAAAAUCCGACGAGCAUGAUCACUAAAUGACAUGUUUAAAUCUGAGAAUUCGCUAACUUAAGCAAAAAACCGGUUCUAGCAAGUAUCAACACCCCAUAUUUCGCGGCUAACUAUGGCACGCAGUGAAGCGUGAAAAACAGUCGAUUAGUGACAAUGUUGUUUACACAAGGCUGGGGUUGUUUUUAACACUUAGGAAAUAUCCAAUUAGUGUCAUUGCAAAGGUAAUAAUGGCAGUUUACUGGUAUAUAAAUCGUUAAAUUUCGGUACUGGUCAUGAAUUUCAUUGUCCUGAUAAAAAGCGCGCGAAAAUUGGCGUGGGUGUAUUUAUUUGUAAAUAAAAUUUCGUAGCCGCUACAACAUUGCGAUAAUGUAAUUUCCGUUAAAAGUUUCGUUGUAAACAACAAAAGUACCGCAGUAUCUCGCGAAUUAUGUGGCAUUGACAUUUCCUCUUAAUAAAAUAUAAUUCAAACACACGGUAUCGUUACCGUUACGCUAAGGGUAAAUUCGAAUCUAUGCACAAUGUAUUUUAUAUGUUUUUUACGGCAAGAAUUUUUCAUUUUAGCUGAUUCGCGAGGGAUCGUACAUGAAAAUAAAAAACAUAAUUUACAUUUUGGUUUUUAUGAUAAAUACACAGAUACUUAUGUAGUAAUGAAAACGUUUAUUGUAGAAUUGGUUUGCAAUUAUUACAAAACAAAUAUGUAGCAGCGCUGUAUAUAAAAUGAAAACAUUGGGGAAAUUUGACAAGUUAACCGCAAUACAAUUGAGUUAGACAUUUCUAAAGUUAUAUCGCGCGCCGGAUAUAUCACGCUCGCGAUCUUUGGACCCCACCAACCGCGAUAUAUCGGCGUUGCAGUGUAUAACCUCAAAUGCAGCUUUUGGAAAAGGGAUAGAGUGAUUAUUUUUGAAAAUGAUUAUUAAUUAUAAUAUACCUCAUUUUCACAUAAUUCUUUAAUUUUUCAAACGACAUUAGAUAUUUCCGGUAUACAUAUUACGGUACUUCCCUUGUUUUUUGCCAUACAAUUGAGUACAUAAAAUAAUUCAGAACAGGAGAGGGUGGCAUUGUGAAUCAAUUUCACUUGUUUUACCUCUAAAUUUUCGAUGCAUCUAGAACAUGUAGCAAGUUUAGCAAGCUCUAAACGAGUCUAAUUAAAUUGAUUCUUAUUCCAAACAAAAUUAAUUGGUUGAUAUAAUUCUGAUUAGAUAAUCAUUGAUUUAAUACAUGGAUAUAGUAAUUAAAAUGAAUGGUCAUUUUAAGUUAUAUAGCAAGUUGGGUUGCCUCUUUUGUCUUAACUGCAAACGCUGAACUGUGAAAAAUAUGUCAAUUUGAAUUAUUUUAGAUAGUCAAUAGAUUAAACAUGGUGUAUUUACACGUUUGCAAACUGCCAGAUAAAACGAAUAACGACACAACCCUCUGCUGAUUCCCACCCGUCUAUCGUGUAAUUAAUUAAUCGCAGCUGCUAUUCAAACAAUUACUGACACAUGAAAGUUGUCUGCACUGGAAAAAAAAAAUGCAACUUGGCAUUUACACAUUUUUGUGUGAAGUUUGCUUAAAAAACAAAUAUUCGAAUAUGAAUUUUGGAUUCAAAUAUUCUACCAUGUUUUGAAUAUUCGAAAAUCCGGAUAUUCAUUCCCAUCCCUAAUUUUAAUGUUUCUCUUCCAUUUUUUGAGGCGGACAAUUAUGAAUUGUGCAUGAUUUUACACACAGGUUGUAUGGUGACUUUCUUGGAUCAAAGAGAUGUCAGCUAGCAUUAAUUGUUCAGUUGUCUAAGCAAUGAAAAACAUUUCACAAAAUUGUUUUAACAUGACCUAGGCACUUCAAUAACGUAAACCAGUUGCAUAUACUUUUUGUGUUGAGAAAAGAACUUUCUUAAAAGUCGUGAAUCACAAACAAUAAUGUAUUGAAAUUGUUUCUUGGGAUUGCAUAUUGCUUUGUCAGUUACAUUUUGUCAGUCUGUCUACUACACUUAGAUAUUAACAAUUUCCAUUUAUAUCACUGGAACAUUUCUCUUAUCAAAAACUCAUCUUAUGUAUUGUAUAAGAACAAAUGUGCGUUAAGUGUCAGCCAAGAUUAGCAAUCAGAGACGACAUUACCACAAAUAUGUGUUUUUUGUUUACAAGAGACUUCUUGUUAAUGAUGAAAUUUGGUAAAAAGGUAAACUGUUGUCCGUGAUAAGCCUGUGCAGACUGCGCAGGUAAACUGUUGUCCAUGAUAAGCCUGUGCAGACAGCGCAGGCUAAUCUGGUACAACUCUUUACACCAAUGCAUUAAGCGAUGUUUUCUGCGAGCAAGGCUUUUAUUAUGCUCCCCCCAAUUUAUUUUGGGGGGAGCAUAUAGUCGCCACUUUGUCUGUCCGUGCGUGUGUGUGUCUGUCCGUCUGUCCGUGCACAAUUUUUGUCCGGGCUAUUUCUCAGCAACUAAUGACUGGAAUUCAAUGAAACUUUAUGGGAAGCUUCACUACCAAGAGGAGAUGUGCAUAUUAUCAGAGGGUUCUGGUCGGAUGAUUUUUCACAGAGUUAUGGCCCUUUGAAAUUUUCUAUAAAUAAAUAUUGUUCCCCCAACUACUGUGCCCUCAAGACGUUUCCUUUUAACUGAUUAUAUAGUGCAAUAUUGUGACAAAAAAAACACUUUGGGGAGCAUCACUCGUCUCGGACGGUUUCUUGUUUAUGUUUGUAUCUGCACCGAUUAAUAUAGCAGCUUAGACAAUGUUUUUAAAACAAAUUGUCCAUAUUAUUCUUAAAAUUUUAGUAAAAAAUAAUUGAUUUUUAUUGUGUCAUUCCUCUAGUUUUGUUGCUCAGUAUUGUCGCUGAUAUGGUUGUUAUUUAUGCUAUUUUGUUAUUUAUUUCUGUUAUUGUUCUUACAAUUUGAUUGUAGGAAGGUUGCUCAAUAAAAUUGGUCAAGACA